UAAAACAAAGAUCAUCUAUGCCGUCUCUGUCGAAAAGCAUAGCUAGACUGUACGUUACAGCUUAACCUAACAAUUUUGAGACAGACAAAUUAUUAUCUUAUGUAAACAUUGUCAAUACGAUAUUAUAGCCAUGGUUAAAAUGCUACUGACUUGUUUUUUUUAAAAGCAAGCCGCAAAAAUAUAUACAAAAAAAGGCGUCCUCGAGGGAGGAGCUAGUUUAGCUAACGUUAGCUAAGUUACGUGUGUAACGUUAUGCUAAAGUUAAUACCCCAAGUUAACAGCAACAUAUGCGGUUAUGAAGCAUGUGGUAUCCAUUAUAACACCAUGGUUUGCUUUUAAUGAACAGCAGGAAGCUACACAGAACCUGCCAGCACAUUUCAUCAUUAGGCUAUGUUUCACUGAUUUUGCAGAAAGAUGGCUCUGCUGCCGAGGUCUUGGAUGUUAGCUUUUAUUCUGAGCCGUGGACAACAUCCCAUCUAGCCAGGUGUGACUAGGAGGCUGUCCCCCUUGGAUUUCGGUAUUCUUCUGACAAUCUUGACGACAAACUCGUGAGAUUUGGAGAGAAGACAGAUUUUUUGCAUCCCGCUUGACUUAUUAUCCAGUCCCAGAUCACCUAACCAGUCAGAAGGAGAGACCCCACACCUUGCCCACCCUCCCCUGCUGCUAGCUAGCACCAGCAUGUCAGACAGUCGACAGCCAGAAGAUGGUGCCCCUCAGUGGGACCCAUCAGGAGGUCAGGAACCCACUAGCACCCAUGGAGCCAAUGGCUACUCUUCCUCCGCCUACAGGACCUGCCAGCCUGGUGGACCCCCCCACAUGGCCACAGGCUCCUACUCUGCCAGGGAAAAUGGCUUCAAUGGGGAUCUUACUGGUGCCCCCGCUAUAACUGCAGAACAAGUGUCAGCGCGGAUCGUGCAGGAAGUGACGGCAGAGGCAGUGGCGGUACUGAAGGGAGAGCAGGAGACUCAAAGGCUGCCAUCAGUUGAAGACACUGCAAAUUUGCCACCCUCUCCUCCCCCCUCACCUGCUGCGGAGCACUUUGGUCCUCUGGAACAAGAUGUAGGGGAUGAGGAGGAGGCGGGCCCUCUCCGUCGCUUCCAAAAUUCUCGGGAGAGGUGCAAGUUCCUCGCCCCCUCCAUCUCAGUUUCCGUGCCCGAGGACGACCCCUACCACUCCGACGAGGAGUACUAUGAGCACCCAUUGUUCAGCCCAGAGUGGACGCACUCGGGCUCUCGCCCCACAGGGCAGGCCUUUAGACAGAUUGAAGAAGAGACCAUGGAGGCUCUUACAGCUGAAUACGAGGAGGAGGUGGAAGAGGAGGAGGAGGAGGAGGAGGAGGAGAGUGCAGAGGCAGCAGAGUCCGAGGCAGCUCUUGAUGAGCAGCAGUGGAGCGGGGAAGAGCCCGAGCUGGACAGCCCCCAAGCUGAGCCCUUAGAGCAGGCAGAGGUUUGCAUAGACGAGGCCCAGGAUCUAGACCUGGAGCCGGCCGAAGCAGCUAGUGCUGCUGCAGAAAGCUCUAUGGACAGAGAGGAAGAGGAUUCAGAGGGUGGGGAGAGUCCUGAGAAAGCUUUGAAGAUGGACUCAGACAAGCAGGGCAGUGAGAAAAGUGGUUCCAUGAGCCCCGACAGCAUUGGAUCGGAGAAACGGCCGGAAGAGUUUUUUGAGCCCCAGAUGCAAGGGUUCUUUGCUGGUGAACGAGUUGUACCAGAGAGCCCUACCAUGGAUGUAUCAGAGAGCCCUACCAUGGAUAUGCCAUCCUUUGUACCUCUGAAUGUUCAAAACCAAGCCAAAGAAUCUGCAAGAUCACUCACACUACAGCCUGCAUUUGGCGAGCCAAUCACAGUGUCAGAGAAACAGCCAUCAGUGGAGGUGGUGGACAUCAGCCCCAUCGGUGCUCCCUCUCUUCCCUCACCACUGGGAAACAAAGUUCAAGGAGAAGACUUAACGAGGGCUGCUCCAGACAGAUCUGGCAUGUCAGCAUAUUUUGAAACCUCAGCCAUUGAGGUUGAUGAAGCUCCCAAAUGUAAGGGGGAGGGUUAUUACGAACUGAUCCGAUCUGGUGAAGAGAAGAGUAAAGCUGAUGCCAGGCCUCAGGAAAUCAGCUACAGCACACUUGCUGAAGCUCAGGAUAAACCGGAUACUAAAGAAAGUAAAGCAGCAGACACUAAAGUGUUCACAGUUCCUGACAGGAGUAAUGAAUGCAGGCUUUCCCCGGGUAAAUUGGCCUUAGAGCAGAGGAGCUACUCACUUAACAUCACCAUUGGAGCAAUGGAUCCGAGUGGCCAAGGCAAACCUAGAAACUUCUCCCCACUGGCCACAGAUAUCAUGUCAUACACUAGUGGAAGUCUAGAUGAGUCAGCAGACUACCUCCCAGUCACUACACCCUCCAUGGAUAAGCCUCCAUCCUUGCCCCCCCUGAUCCUGGAGACUGCAGCUUCCAUCACUUCUGAUUCCUCAUCUCCUCCACGGACCACUGAGACACUUUCAAAGCCCAGCCCUGAACUGGAGUCGCCAGAAUCACCACAGCACCUUAAGAGCGCCUAUAAAAAUGGCACAGUAAUGGUGCAAGACUUGCCUGAGAUGCUGGACCUUGCUGGUACCCGUUCCAGACUGGCGUCAGAAAACACUGACCCAGAAAUCAGCCGGAGAAAGUCAAUUCAGUCUGAUUUCCCAGCAUUCGCCGAUGACCCACUUGCUAGCCUAAUUUCAGGGGAACUAAGUCCCGGGGCCACAAAGAGUGACAGCCAGCUGGAAGAGAUGGGCUAUUGUGUGUUCAGUGAAUAUUCAGGACCCAUGCCAUCACCUGCAGAUGUGUUGAGCCCUACAAACAUUUCUGCACAGGUCUUCACCCACUCUGUCCUGCAGGAGAAAGUGGCUGAGCAAGCUAGAAAGUUAGCAGUCAGAGACACAUCUGUGGAGGACAAGAGCCAGCCAUCAGGAGUUGCUGAUGCCACUGAAGCGAAAGACCAGAAGCAAGUAGAAAGAAAAGAUUCUGGUGAAGAAAAGGGCAAGGAGGUCGUAGAUGAACAGUCGAAAAUAUCUAUAAGUGAGAUGCCACCUGCUCAGCCAAGUGAGUUCUUUGUGACGCCAACGGUCACUGUGACUCUAGAAGAAGGUGGGAGGUCCGUGAGUGAGACUGAACGACAAGCGAGUGGCGAAGGCUCAGUGUCAGAAACCGAGAUUGCCGACUAUGAGCGGCAGAUCCGCAAAUUGGAGAUGGAGGACAGGCCUCUCAGUAUGGAAGAGGAAAGAGAACUGCAGGAGCUUAGAGAGAAAGUGAAGCUGGUCCACCAGGAGGCAUAUGAGGAAGUGGAUGCCGAAGAUGUGUACCAGUUGACCGGCAUGGCCAAGGACCGGAUUGCCAGGCCUGUCAAAACUUCACCUACUUCGUCUGUUGAGAGCAACAUCGAUGAUGACAAGCUGCUGUCUCCAGUGCUCUCACCUUCAAAGCUUAAAGAAAGAGAAGUGUAUGGUUCCCCCAAAAGAACAGUUUCACCAGUGGUAGGAAUAAGCAAAGAGAAAGAAGAAUCAGAAAGAAAGAUGAGGGAAGAGCAAGAGAAGGAAGCAGCCGAGAAGAAACAAGAGAAAGAAGAGGCAGAAAAUCAGAAAAUCAGGGAAGAGGCAGAAAAGAAAGAAAAGGAAAUGAAAGAGAGAGAAGAGAGGGAAAAGAAAGAGAAAGAAGAGGCAGAGCGACUACUUAGGGAAGAAAAAGAAAGGAAGGAGAAAGAACGGGAAGAGCAAGAGAUGAAAGAAGAGAAAGAAAAGAUGGAGAAGGAACUAAAAGAGAAGGAGGAGAAAGAGAAGAUAGAAAAAGAAUUGAAAGAGAAGGAAGAGAAAGAGAAGAUAGAAAAGGAAUUGAAAGAGAAGGAAGAGAAAGAGAAGAUAGAAAAGGAAUUGAAAGAGAAGGAAGAGAAAGAGAAGAUAGAAAAGGAAUUGAAAGAGAAGGAAGAGAAAGAGAAGAUAGAAAAGGAAUUGAAAGAGAAGGAAGAGAAAGAGAAGAUAGAAAAGGAAUUGAAAGAGAAGGAAGAGAAAGAGAAGAUUGAAAAGGAAUUGAAAGAGAAGGAAGAGAAAGAGAAGAUAGAAAAGGAAUUGAAAGAGAAGGAAGAGAAAGUGGCUGAGAUGGACAAACAGGUUGUAGACAAGCCUGAGGAAAAAACGACCAUGAAGCCUGGGGAGAAAGAAGCUGAAACCCCUGUGGAGGCUGAAAGGGGGCAAGAGGAAGGUGAGGAAGAUGUGUUGGAGAAAGCAGGGGCAGGAGCAGCAGUGGUAAAGGAGAUCCCAGAGACUCGCGCUGCCAUUGAAUCAGUGGUGACAGUUGAAGACGAUUUUAUCACUGUGGUCCAGACCAUUGAUGAAGCAGAGGAGCCAGGACACAGCGUUCGUUUCUCCGGUCCACCUGAGGCUGAAGCCCUUGGUGUUGCCGCACAGAACGAGGAAGAGGAGGAAGAGGAGGAGUCUGUGGAGUUGGCCCAAGAAGCAGACAUGGAGGCUGCAAGUCUAGAGGAGGUGGUAGAUGUUCCUGAGACCCCCGCCUCCCCUGAGAAGGAGGCGCAAACCAUAGAAACCGAAGGACCGACGGAGAGCUACGAUCGAGAUGAAACCACAAUGGACGACUCCAUCUUGGACAGCUCCUGGGUUGACACACAAGAUGACGAUAAGAGUAUGGCGACUGAACAGAUUGAGCCUUUGCCCAAAAUGUCCAGCCCAGUCAAAAAGCCUGCUGUGGUCCAGACCAAGCAAACACAAAAGAAGAAGAUGGAGAACCAGGAAAAGCCGGUCAAACCAAAGGCCAAGGGAGGGCGGGCUAAAGGCAGAAUCUCCACACCAGAACGCAAACCUUUCCGCAAAGAACCUGUCUACAUCCCCAGAGAGGAAACCAAGAAGAAAAAAGCUGUCAUAAGGAAGGCCGAGCUUACCAAAAAAAUGGAGAUUCAGAGUCAAUCCCCAUCCAAGAGGAGUUUAAUGAAACCAGCUGUCCGCCAGACCCGCCCCACCCAGCACCACUCCUGUCCUAGAAGGAGACCCACAGAGGCGCUACCAGACAGUCGUCAGCCUCUCAGUGUUGCCAAACAGUCUCGCGACAGAGCAUCGUGCCAUGCCCAUCGUUUGCCACUAACAAAGAUCCCCACCUCCAUAUCCAGAGGGGCUGCAUCAUUAGAUAGACCUCGCCCAUCCUCAGCAGAGCCUCAAGGCUUCACAGUAUUACAGAGACUCAUAGCCAAGGACGGUGGGUCAUGGAGCCCUGAAAAGGGGUCCUCUGUGCCGCGGCAUGCCUCCAUUCUGAGUCGCCGUGCAUACCAUGACCAAGAGGAGAGCUCCACCUCCAUCACCAGCUCUGGCUCCACGGCUCCUCGCAGAGCCACAUCGUUUCGCACAGAGAUGAGGGCAGAGCAUAGGACAGGACGAGCCCCUAGUAUGACAGAAUCAGUGCGCUCCCGUUCGGCUCGCAGUGGCCACUCCACCCCCCGCACCUCUGGCUCCACAGCCAUCACCCCAGGAACCCCUCCCAGCUACUCAGCAUCCUCAAGGACCCCUGGGACCCCACGCUCCCUCAGCUUGAUUUCCCAGGAAAGGAAGGUGGCAGUGGUCCGCACCCCACCCAAGUCACCUGCAACCACGCCCAAGCAGCUCCGCAUCAUCAACCAGCCACUACCUGACUUCAAGAACGUCAGGUCCAAGAUUGGCUCCACAGAGAAUAUCAAGUACCAGCCCAAAGGAGGACAGGUGAUGAUACAGAACAAGAAGAUUGACUUGAGCCACGUGACCUCCAAGUGUGGAUCUCUAGACAACAUCCAUCAUCGGCCAGGGGGCGGUAACGUGCGUAUAGAGACUGUGAAGUUGGACUUCAAAGACAAAGCCCAAGCCAAGGUGGGUUCCCUGGAAAAUGCUCAGCACACUCCUGGUGGAAGCUGUGUCACGAUUGAGACCCACAGGCUGAUGUUUCGCGACCAAGCCAAGGCACGAGUGGACCACGGGGCUGAGAUUGUCGUUCAGUCGCCGGGCCUGUCCAGCUCCGUGUCCCCCCAGCGCCACCGGGGCAGCCACUUAUCAUCCUCCGGCAGUCUCAACGUACUGGAGUCGCCGCAGUUAGCAACCCUGGCUGAGGAUGUGACUGCAGCUCUGGCCAAGCAGGGUUUGUGAACACUGGAUCUCUGGAUUCCUGCUUUGCACCCCGGACAUCCUCACCCCGAUCCCCUCAAACUUUUCUGCCCACACCUGCCACGCCGAGGCCACCGUCAGCUAAACCACAGCCUCUUAACAUCUCCACUUCAGCAUCCAUCACUCAACUCUAAGUAGAGACUCGAAUUAGGAGCUACUGUACUUUGAUCUUCUUUAUUUUCCAAAUAUGUGCUAUUUCUGACUCAUUUUCUUUUUGGCCUCUCUCUUUUUGAAUGAUGUUGCAUAGAAUAGUUCAGUCUGAGCACUGGUCCUAAAUUAAGGGAUAUAUACAAAGUGGAGGACCAGGUGUUGGCUUAACUGGUCCUGGAUCAGUGUUUUGAAGAAGCUGCAGCCUUUUUUCUACAUUAAAUAAGAAGUAAUGUGGCCAGCACACCAUGCAGCACGUGUUAUUUCGCUAAGUAAACAUGCGUGCAUGGAUGCCAAACCCCCCCAAACAAACCAAGUAUCCUUACUGCAAGUCAUUCUUGUCAUCCGAUAUAUAAAAUAUUUAACAAAUAUAUAUAGAAACAUGUAUAAAACGUUCUUUGCCAUCUACAUGUCCUAAAAAAACAUUUUAAAAGGAAGUGACAAUAUGGCUAUAAAAUAUACCUGUAAAAUUGCAUUACUGCAAAAACUAGGUCAUGUUAUGACAAGCAUGUAUUGAUUCUAAUAUUAAAAGAGGCUAUUUUGUAAUCUAAAAGGAUUUUAGUAAGUUAUUUCCUCAAUUAUUGGAUAAAGAUUAAACAAGUUCAUGUUUUGUAGUUAUUAGUUGUUUACAGUGUAUUGCUUGGUGACAAUGUCAGACAGCUGAUUUGGUGUUGCUAAGGAAGGCAUCUCAGUCCUGUUGAAGAGCAUCAUACACGUUGUACCUGCUCAGUAGUUCAAUAUAGACGCCUGUUUAUACAUCAGAACACUAAUCAACACCGGAGCUCAUUCCACAAACCUACAGCAAAAGGCAGAUAUUGAGCUCACAGACGUUCCUCUGCUAGCACAGGCUGAUGUUGGACUCAUCAGGACUGUCUGUUGACGCUUCGAAUGCGUCCUGAGAUUUAGCAGAAGAUGCAGCUACUCUGAAAUCUGUCUGUGUGUGUGCGUUUGGUGCAGAUCCCAUGCCGUUUUACAACGUAUGCUAACGUAUCUGGAUGUUUUGUUGCAAUAUGUGGGAGAAGAAAGUUGGGAAAAAAAUAUUUUGAAAAAUCCAAUUAAAAAAGACAAAUCAUGAAGAAAAAUAAAAAAGGCAGAGGGAACUCUGAACCUGUUAAAUCUGUUAGAAAAAAGUGUUUGGGUGGUCUAGUUUCUUUUUCAGCCACCAUUUGUGGUAUAUCCUGCCUCCUGCCUAAUUACUGCCCUCACCUGCAAUUGUUUCUUUGCUUCUGUGUUUUUUCUGCAUACCCCAUCUGCGUGUGCCCCCUUCCCACCUCCUGCUCCACCCUACAGCAACUGUAAAUGUAUUUAAAAGGUCAAGUAGAUGUACGCAGUUUUUCUCUUGUUGAUAUGACACCAAUUACAAUAAUUAAUGCGAAUAAAAAGGACAAAAAGUGA